UGUCCAAAUCCUCGAAUCAGCACAAGCACGAUAAGGGAUUGAAGCGAUUGGGGCCAAACGAGACUCAUCAUGCAGACCUUAAACGCCAACCAUCGUACGUUAACCUGGAACAACUGGAUGAAGUGGAGGAGUUUCCUGAUAUUUCCAAGUACAUUGAUUCCUGGGACGUUGAUCCUCCAGAACAAUGGUCAGAUGACAAUGCAAGCCAUGGUCCAGACCUCCGAUAAGCCUCAACUGAAGACAUCUGAUAAAUUUCAAGAUAAGACAUCUCAUGAGGCCCAAGCGAAGACGUCCGAUAAGCAUCACGUUACAACCAAAGCUAUGAAUUCAGCUACAAAAAUCUCGGAUCCAGCCAAAACUGCGGUGGAAUUGUUGGGAAGUAAAAUGGAACGCAAAAAAGAAGAGUCAGAAGCAGCAAGAAAAUACAGGAAGAGGAAAUUGGAGCUGAAUUUGAAAAUUUUUGACUUCGAGCAGGAGAAAUUCAAAGCUGAAGGGCAGAGGCACGAGGAACUCCUCUCUGCUCUCAAUGAAAUGAAUGGCACUCUUGUUGAUUUGCUAAAUCAAAUUUCAUAAAUGGGAUUUUUUUCGUUGAGGAGCAGGUACUUCCUGAUAGGGUUUCAAGGGGGAUGAUUUUUUCUUUUAUUCCUCAUUUCAAACGACAAUUCGCGAGAUCAGAGUGUUUUCUUUUCA